AUGAUCAUUUCAGAGUUUAAGAAAAGUUGCAUUUAUGACUUGUCGCCCACGGUUGUGAAAGAUGUGGUCACAGCACUCAUGACAAGGAAGAAUUGGCACCUCCUAACACCACUACAAACUCGUCGGCUAAACGGUGCAUUGAACAGAAUGCCUGUGAACUUCUAUGAUCGUGUGUGGACUAUUCUAUCAAGAUCAAGAGAGGGCAUUGUCAUUGCAUCGCAGUUCCUCCCACAGGUAAUUAGUUAG